AUGGUUGUACUCUACCUUGAUGAAGGCGGCAUCGAAGUCACUAGAGCCAUCUCGUAUUUGGCCAAGGAGAACUAUGACAAAGAUCUUGGCAGGCUAUUAAAAUCUGAUGCAACAUCCGUAACAUUAAAAGGUGUCAACCGGGAACUAUCUGGUACCUAUCAAUGUGAAGUUUCGGAAGAUGCUCCACUUUUUCACACAGACAUACGUUCAGCACAUAUGCAGGUCAUUGAAUUACCCAAAGAUGAACCCACAAUGCAAGUUGAAAAGAAGAUAUUAACAGUAAAUGAUAACUUGAAAGCAGUUUGUACUGUUGGAACGUCUUAUCCACCAGCUAAUAUAACUUGGUACAUCAAUGGUCGAAAGAUAUUUAAAACACCUUAUCAACGCAUAAGCCAGGAUGCUUAUGAGGGGUCGGCAACAUAUUCCGCUCUGGAGAUGUACCCGCAUAGCCAAAUAUUACAGGGUUUCUUCCAAGCUGUGCCCAAGUAUCAACCGAAUCUUCUACUGCUCUGCGAACUUUCCAUACUGCAUGUCUAUCACAAAAAUGUACAACAACGAAUUACGCUAAGCAUAGCACCGCCAACAACAAUUUCGCCCAAUCUACUUGGACUUGAAGGCUCGAAACGUGCCAAUGGUGAUCCAGACAAUUCAGCGCUGACAGGAAGCGCAACCCAUGCUCAACCACACACUCUCCCCACAAUGCUGGCUGUACUGUGCUCAGUUGCAGUUUUGCGCGCAUUGUUCAUAGGAACUACACAAAGUUGCACAGCAUGUUGUGGUCGGCGUAGACGCCAGUUGUGACCAACUUGCAUGUAAAAUAAUCAAAGAUACAAAUUGAAACGAUAAUUCGAAAUCAAACAAAAAACAAAAACAAAAACAAAAACAAAAAACAAAAAAACUAAUUUUAAUCUUAUUUAUAGCAAAUAAAACAGAAUUAUUGUAUUAUUAAAAUAUUGUUAAAGACAAAUAAAUAAUGCUGAACACAUUUAAGUCAAUAGUUUAAAUUACAAAUUCGUGGAAAAUGGCAUGUUAAAAAGGGAUUUUUAUUUAUGUUGUUUAAGUAAAUAAUAGUAUUAAUUAUACAAGCUAAAACAG